AUGUGUAUCUACUCCGUAUUCUCUCACCCUCUCACUUAUCAACUUUCUGCCGCACCCGGUGUGUGUCGCUGGCUUGUGUACAGCUCACACGAGUCGUCGUUCUUAUUUGCCGGCGAGGCUACCCCCUUGCAAGGCCCGUCGAAUGGCAGCGUCCACAGGCCACGAACUCUCUUGGCACUCAUCUCGGAUUCUCAGCCAUUAGUCGACUCGACUGCUAGUCACUCCGAUCCAACUACGGAGAACUCCCACAGACGUCGUGACAGCUCUGUCGAACUAGUGAAUCGACCUCCGAUAGUUAGCGAGCCCACAGGCCACAGCGAGGUGGGCCCUGGACGAGUGGCUCCGAGAUUAUUGGCGGCCUCGGUGACCCUUCUUCUUCAGUUCUGCAGCUGCUCGCCAAAUCACCGCGGGACGAUCCGUUCCAUUUUGCACUUGUUAGGCCUAGCGGGCCACCCAAUCUUGGGUGUCAAGAUCGUCGACGAACCGCUUUGCAUCCCGCUUGCCAGCCAUCUAUCAAGCAAGCUCUGCCAUUGGGGAAAAAGAAUGGAUAUCUUGAAUUUGACAAAAAUGACGAGCAAGAUCCCUCAGCCGCCCGGUGUACCUUUGCUGGGAAAUGUCUUUGAUGUCGACCCUAGCAAUACCUGGACUUCUCUCAACAAGUUGGCUGCCAAAUGGGGUCCCAUCUUUAAAAUCAGCGCCCUCGGUACACAGAUUGUUUUUGUCUGCAAUGCUGCGCUUCUAGAAGAAAUCUGUGACGAAUCUCGUUUCCGCAAAUGUGUCAACGGUCCCAUCGUCGAGAUCCGCCAGGCAGUGCACGCCUCGUUGUUCACAGCGUAUAGUUCCGAAAUGGAUAGUGUUUGGGGGCCCGCUCAUCGCAUCAUGUCUCCUUGGGUGACGGACAAAUCGAAUCAAAUUACCUUUGUUGACCAGCGUGACACAAUUUCAGCCAUUGUGCCGUAUUGGACAUCCAAACCUAGUCAAGUGGUGAAUGUCGCAGAUGGGCUCAAACGGCUGAAUUUGCAAGUGGUUGUCUGGAGUUUCUUUCACCAGAAGGGUGACUGGAUGUCAGGACCAUUCCCAGAGUUUCUUACAGCCAUAGAUCAAUCCACCAUGGAAGCUGUCAAGCGUCCCACCCGCCCAAAACUGCUGAACUGGCUCUUUCACCAACGUGGCUACGACAAGGAUAUCCGCACGAUGCGGUCUUUCUGCGCUGAUGUCAUUGCCAAGCGGAAGAGUGAGCAGCAGCCAAGGGAGGACAUGCUGAAUGUAAUGCUCAAUGGAAAAGAUCCCCAAACAGGCGAAUCCCUGAGCCAUGAACAAGUUAUUGAUGAAAUCAUCAAUAUCUUUAUUGGUUCAGCGACGUCGCCAUGUUUUGUCACCUUCGCACUAUACUACCUACUAAAGAACCCACAAUACAUAACCCAAGCCCGUGAGGAGAUCGACUCUAUUCUCGGUGCUGACGGGGAACUCACCUACGAGAAACUUCAAGAUUUCCAGUUCAAUAAUGCUAUACUACGUGAAGCUAUGCGCUUAUCUGCAGUAGCGCCAGGAUUCAAUAUUGAACCUCGUCCCGACGUGAACCCAGGCCCUUACGUCUCACUUGCCGGCGGCACAUACCAAGUGUCUCACAAGCAAGCUAUCAUUGCUGUCCUUGGUGCCGUAAACCGCGACCCUGCAGUUUUUGACGACCCAGACGCAUUUCGCCCUGAGCGCAUGCUCGGUGAGGCAUACGACAAGCUUCCCUCAGGCGUCAAAAAGGGAUUUGGCAAUGGCAAGAGAAGUUGUUUUGGAACGAAGUUUGCGUGGCAGUGGAGCUGGAUUACACUCAUUACCAUUUUGCGAGAAGUAGACUUGGAAUUGGCGGACAAAAAUUACAAGAUUGACGGUGAUAUCAACGGGGCUUUUUGCGUUCAGCCAUGGCACUUUAUGGCCAAGGUUUCAAAGAGAAAGGAUCGCCCAUGA